GGAGUGCCUACGUCAGUUUGUUACUUGUGCAUAGCGAGCGUGAAGGUAUAUGUAAGAGGGCAAGGCCAGAACGGCCCUAUAUGCUCACGGCGGUCCGAUAGGGGGAUGUGUGCGUUCAUGAGCGUCGUGUCCAUGCAGUUGAAGAGGGACGGGAAGAGAACGAGCAGACAGAAGCCUCGUGGCGACAACGUGACAAAGCAGCUGGAAGAGUUGAAGAGGGAUGAUGCCGAGUGUGCUAACGACGUUGUGGUGGGUAAAGGCAUUGAAGGAAGGGAUUUGGUGCAGUUGAGGAAAUCAACAAGGACGAGGAAAGCAGUGGAGGAAGGUGUGGAGAGCAAAGCAGCAGGGGCAGCAGCAGCAGGAGGAGGAGGAGGAGGAGGAGGAGGAGAGAAACAAGAGACGGUGGUUCUCCAGGGGAAAGAGAAGGGUGGAACAGUUAUUAACAACAACAGCAACAAAAAUACAGGGCCAAAGCCGAAGCAGAAGAAUGGAUUGGGAGGAGGAGGUAGUAAUGAAAAGGAGGUGCAGCUGAGGAGAUCAACAAGGACAAUGAAAGCAGCAGAGGAAAAUGUUGGGAAAAGAGGAGGAGGGAAUCAAGAGAUGGCGAUCCAGGGGGAAGAGAAGGGAGCAUCACUAAACAACAACAAGAACAUCAACAGCAAAAACAACAGCAACGACAACAACAACAGAAAAGGCCAAAAGCAGAAGCAGAAGAAGAUGGAAGCCAGCAGGGGUCAAUCUGAGGAUAGUUUAGGAGAUGGGAGGGAAAAACAGAUGGCAAGAGGAGUACAACAAAUAGGUUGGAGAGGGAAGAGGAAGCUGUCUACCAUAUUGGAACAGAAGGCAGAAGCUGGUGAUGAAGAGGAGGAGGAGGAGGAGGAGGUGAGACCAGCAAAGAUGGUAAAGGGAAAAAUGGCAAAAUGUGAUCCGAAGACAAAAGUUCUCAAGAAAGGGGAGAAAACGGACGCAGUGGAAAAACAGGCUUAUGCUGAAGGUGAAGAUGAAGAGGAGGAGGAGGAGGAGGAGGAGGAGGAGGAGGAGGACGACGACGACGAGGAGGAGGAGGAGGUCAGGACAACAAAGACGGGAAAGGCAAGAGCUGCACGAGCUGCCCAAAACACUACCAGAGGCUGCAAGGAAGGCGAGGAGAAAAUGGAUGUGAUUAUGGAAAAGGUUCAUGUUAAAGGUGAAGAUGGAGGGAAGCAGCAGGAGGAGGUGGUGGUGGUGGUGGAAUCCACCAAAAAGGAUAAGGCAAAAAGAGCUGCACGAGGGGGUCGAAAGACUACCAGUGGCCGCGAGGAAGGUCAGGAGAGCGCAGAGGUGGUGACAAUGGAAAAGGUGUAUGUUGACGAUGGCAGGCCGCCAUGGCAACAGCUUGUCCAUAAGAAGGCUGAACCUGAGUGGAUUGCAUAUGAUCCGACCACAAUGAGGAGGUCAUUACCAACAGCAUCAUAUGAUCCGACCACAAUGAGGAGGUCAUUGCCAACCGCAUCCUCGAUUUCUUCUUCACUCCAUGAGCAGAAAAAGAACGGACUAAAGAUCUUGUCCUGGAACGUGAAUGGAUUGCGCGCUCUGAUGAAGGAUAAGGAUAACUGUGUCUUGACUCAGCUGGCUGAGAGAGAAGGAGCCCAUGUAGUUUGUCUUCAAGAAACGAAGAUUCAGGACAAAAACGUUGAGGAGAUCAGUGAAUUGCUGUCAUCCAGUUUCCCAGCUGCCCAUUGGGCUUGCAGCUCUGCCAAACUGGGUUAUUCUGGCUGUGCUGUACUCUGCAAAAAACCUCCAAUUUCGGUUAAGUAUGGACUGGGAGACGACAAGCAUGACAAAGAAGGCCGCUUGAUCACUGUGGAGUUUGCAGACUUCUUUCUAGUCACCUGCUAUGUGCCGAACUCUGGCGACAAGCUUGUCAGACUGCAGUACAGAGAACAGGAAUGGGACCCUGCGCUGUCCCACUAUCUGAAGGGCCUGGAAACCACUAAGCCUGUCAUCCUGACCGGCGACCUCAACUGCGCUCAUCAGGAAAUAGAUAUAUAUCAUCCUGAAGGAAAUCGUAGGAGCGCAGGGUUCACAGAUGAAGAGCGUCGGUCUUUCGAGGCCAACUUUUUGCACAAGGGUUUUGCAGACACCUUUCGGCGACAGCACCCAAAGGCGGUCGCAUAUACUUACUGGGCUACACGCUCAAGAGCGCGAUCGACAAACAGAGGGUGGAGACUAGACUACUUUCUUGUCUCAGAGGCUCUUGUAGAUAGGGUCCUUGACUCGUACACACUUCCGGAUGUGCUUGGGAGCGAUCACUGCCCCAUUGGACUGACAUUGUUGAGCGCAUGAUAGGGUUCUCAUGAUCCCAAGCAUCCAUCCUAAUUCUCCCUACUCUCUGAUAGAGUUGAAUGGAGGAAUGGCCAUACAAACCCUUGCUCUCAAACACAUACACUCCCAGCUCCAAAUAUCCUAAUUCUCCUCUCUCUGUGGUAGAGAUGAAGGAAGGAAGAAGGAAGGAAGAAAGAACGAAGAAGAAGGAAAGCAAUGGCCAUAUCUACCCGUGCUUUCAAACAGACAUGAACAGCUGACAAUAGCAUAAAAAAAACACAUGCUCCAUGUGUGAAGUUCAAGAUCGGCUUCACGAAAUCGUCAGGCAGAUGAUAGGUAGAUAGGUCGUGCAACAUCCUUUUUUUUUCCUGUUUUUGUCUUGUUUUGUUUUGCGUUGUAUUGUAUUGUUUUGUUCUGCUUUUUCUUUUUCAGCUUUUUGGAUUUUCUUGUUUUCUUUUUCCUAGGUCACACAACAUCCUCCUUUCUGUAUGGAACAAAGUGUUCGUUGAUAG